AUGGCAGAGAACAAGACCGAUGAGCCUUUAAUCACAAAUGAGAAAGAAGUGGGUCUGGAAGCAGCACAACCAGGACCUUCCACCAGUGGAACAAGUGUGAGAGACUUCCUGAACGACCGUACAACAUACUACUGUUUCAAAGCAGCCCGUAUCACCCGCCUCUCUGCACAGGCUGCCAGAGGAACGGAGAUGGUGAACGACCCGGAACAUCGUGUUCCUUCCUGGCACUUGGCUACGACUGCGGAGUCCCGGAUUUAUCGUAAAGCCAACAGGCAAGUUCAGCUCCCUGUCUAA